AGCAUGCAUGAGCGCGCUGCGCUUUCUCGUCGUCGUCUGGGCGAGCGCGCCUCAUCCGUGACAAUCCCGUCUCUUCCUCCGCGGGCCAUCAGCAAGAAUAACAGCGAUAAGCCCCAAUUUCUUCAUCUUGCACUUAUGUCGGGAAUGAGGCAGCUGGUUGCGACAUGCUGGACCUGCCUGCUGCUCUCCGCCUUCCUGUGUGAGCCUGCGCUCUCCAAAGGAGGUCGCGGGGGCUCCCGGGGCUCCUCGCGCGGAUCCCCCGCGCGCAGCUCCACGGCGGGGACCUACCGGGGAGGAGGAGCCUACGGCGGCACGCGCUCACGGUUCAGGGUGGCCGGCCGGUCGUCCGCGGUGAGGGUGGCGAGCGCGGCUGCGGCCGGAGCCGCGGUGGCGCUGACGGCGGACAAAUGGUACGCGUCCGCCUACCGCCGCAGCAAAGCGGACAGCUCCGACGAGGAGCUGGAUUACUACAACAGGACCAAUUACUUUGACGCGCUGAUGUCCAGCUCGACUGGGAACGAGUCCUUCCUCUCCAAUGUCGUCAGUGUGAUUCUCGCAACGUUUUCCACGCAUUAUGGACUCGUGUCGGACUUUAUACUGUAGACGUGCAGCCCUGCUUUUAGGAUGACAGUCCGAUCUUAUUAUGCCCAGAGACGAUGGACAUAAACGCAUUACUGUACUGUAUGUAUUUACACGCAUUUUAUACCAGUGGACACAGCAUUACCAGCAUAGUAUUCCCUAGUUUACCUUAUGAAGAGUGCACCAUCCAAUUUUUGUCCUGUCACUGAAAACAUGAAGAGCAAAGUUCAACUGUUUUCUGAUUAUAUACUGCCAAUAUUUGAUUUUUUUUUU